UUGUUACGUUACGUGAAAACAAAAUGGCGGACUGUUUAACAAACAAAAGCUUUUAACGCCUUUUAAUGUAUUUAUGUAAUGAAAUCUGACGCUACGUUGGAAAUACUUGAGAGAAUUCCGAUGCUUUUUUAUUGAUUUUUAAAAUAUGAAUGGAUUUUAAGCGAAAUUUUAAAAUGGAUACGUAUUUUGUACCGCGCCAUGCAAAAGAGCGACCGUUACACAGAAGAUAAGGACCCAGAAGGUGGGAAGAGUAGGCCAACUUCUAGAAGAAAUUCCGCGUGUCUCUCCCGUCGCGGCAGCAGAGAAGAAAAGGAGAGUAAAAGAGUGACAACUGCACCUACAUCCAGCAACUCGACUCCAAAAAGACAACCAAAGAGUCAGAACUUCGACCUUGUGGUGACAGGACGACAGAUAUUUAAAAGAGCGGAUCGCGCAAGUUCACUCCCCGGCUCCCACAGACGACCUUCUCUAGACUCUCUGCCCAAGAAGAGAACCUUCGACUCCCCGAAGCGGCACAGUAUGGCGCAUUCUGCUAGAAGUAGGGAUACUAUAGAAGAUGAUAUGUCGUUAGAAUUGUCUCAGGUUUCAGAUUUCGAAGACAUGAAUUCAAAAUACGGCAUCAAACGUAUAACAGCUACAUCUACACCAAAACCUCAGAAACCCCGCAGCGGGUCAUUACAAUGUCAAAUAACCAGAGGUCCUCGUGACGUCACAGUCAGACGAGGUCAGAUGAGUCUGGAUAGUAGAUGCAGUCGACAGAGUACGAUAUCUUGUAGCAAAGACAGUUAUAAAACUUCAUCUUCUAGUCAAUACAGACAAGGUGUCAGUACAGAGUUGGAUUGCUCCUCUGUGUCUCCGGAGUACUCAGCGCCUUCUUCAGUAGGGUCAAUGGGGGUAGCACCAGAUACACUCAUGUCUCCACGAUCACAGGAUCUCAAUGAAUCUAGUUGUUGCGUAAGUACAUGGCAGGAGUCAGGUCGUGUGGGCCCCGCUGAGGGUGAGUGGGCUCAUUUCUGGGCGCGGUACAACGGGCCUACGAGCGCCCUUUACGAUCACUGUCCUACGCCGUAUCGUAGUGAUGACCUUGAUUUGUUGGACUUUGAAUUCUCAACAGAUGGCUCUGUAAAGCGCUCACCAGAUAAAAGCAUAAAUAUUCACGAUCUUAUCAAACAAGAAGGAUUACAUUUAACAGCAAAAGAAACUCAAAACAUAAUAAAAUGCGCACAAAUUCUAGGCAGCGUUGUAUCAAAAGCAAUAGACAGAAGAACCAAAGACGAUGUUACCGAAAAGAUUCAAGAAAUAAAAGAACCCGAGGAGAAAGAAAUUAAGAAGAAAACGUUGACACUUGACCUGAAAGAGACAGUCUUACCUGUGGAAGUGAAGGAGGAAAAGAGAUGGGAGACGGUCACAACUCAAACGGAUAUAUCGUUGCCGAAUACAAAAAGCGCGCCAAAAAUCUUCGAGAAAAUUCUACGGCAGUUAUCAAAAAGUUCUUUAGAUGAAAGUUUGGAUAAAAAAAUGGAACAAAACGUGAAAGAAGAUAAAGAUCAGAAUAAACCAGGGUCGUAAAUUUUAUUCUAUACAAAAUUUUUCCCGCCAUUUUUGUCUCGUAUUUCUGAAAUUUACUUAACCUCAUAUAAUUAAAUUUUGAUGUUAUUCUUAGAAACUUAAUCCAAACGUCACAUAAUUAGUAA